GUGUGUGUGUGUGUGUGAGUGUGUGUGUGUGUGUUGGCGCAGGAAGGCGGAGGUGGAGGAGGGGGCGUGUCCUGGCUCAGCUCCAUCCCACCUCGGGAACACCAACCAGGUGCAGCGGCUCCUCCUCCUCCUCCUCCCGGAGCUCCGCGGCUCGCAGCUCGGUGCUCAGACGGACCGAAGCCGCAGUGAGGCGCAGGGAUGUCGGCGCGCUGACGGAGAGCCGCUCGGUGUUUCAGUGGACCGGCUGGAGAACAGAACCCUCCUCCUCUAAACCCGGACUCUGCGGGAUCCGACCCGGAUCCCUCGCAGCGCAGUUCGGAUGGCUGGGCACGGCUGGGAGGACUGGUUCGAGCGGGAGGAGUUCAUCGGACAGAUCAGCGACAUCCGAGUCCAGAACCUGCAAGUGGAGAGGGAGGGGGUGCAGAAGAGGACUUUCACCCGAUGGAUGAACCUCCACCUGGAAAAGUGCGACCCGCCCCUGCAGGUCCAGGACCUGUUCCAGGACAUCCAGGAUGGACACGUCCUCAUGGCUCUGCUGGAGGAGCUGUCCGGCUGCAGACUGCUCCACAGCUUCAAGAAGUCCUCUCACCGUAUCUUCAGACUCAACAACAUCGCUAAAGUCCUGUCCUUUCUGGAGGAGAGGAAUGUCAAACUGGUGAGCAUCGAUGCUGCCGAUAUCGCUGAUGGAAACUCCUCCAUCAUCCUGGGCCUCAUCUGGAACAUCAUCCUCUUCUUCCAGAUCAAAGAGCUGACAGGAAACAUCCGGAGCCAGUUCCCCUCCACGUCCAGCCUGUCCUCCAUCCCCACCAGCUCCGACUCCGAUGCAUCCUUGGGCAGCACCCCGUCCGAGGAGAAACCGUCUGCGGCCGCCGCCAUGAGGGAGAACACCAAGGCCAUCAAGAAGCUGCUGCAGUGGGUGCAGAGGAAAACCAGGAAGUAYGGCGUGGCGGUGCAGGACUUUGGGAAAAGCUGGACCAGUGGUUUGGCCUUCCUGGCCGUCAUCAAGUCCAUUGACUCCAGUCUGGUGGACAUGAGGAAGGCCCUGUUGAGAAGCCCCAGAGAGAACCUGGAGGACGCCUUCAGGAUAGCCCACUACAGUCUGGGUAUCCCUCGGCUGCUGGAGCCUGAAGAUGUGACGAUGAACGCACCGGAUGAGCAGUCCAUCAUCAUGUAUGUUUCUCAGUUCCUGGAGCACUUCCCUGGCUUACAGGAGACCGAGGAACCCAGCCAGGUGAUCGAAAGGAGUGUCUCCAUGGGCCGACUCAACUUCCGCGACACCGAAUUGGACCACCUGAGGAACGGCGCUCAUCUCAGCAGAGUCAAGCAGUGCUCCAGCAUGUUUGAGCGAAGCUUCUCUAAACCUCCUCCUAAAGUCCUGAUUUCUUCGGUGUCAGAGGACCGGAGUGUUCUAACGCCACGCCUCAAGGCGCCUGCCACUCGCUCCUGGUCCAGUGAAGACUUCUUGACUGACUCCUCCCACAUUGAAGACGUCUCCAACAGCAUGAACCCCAAAGAUCAGGCCAGUAACGUCCUGAAAGACUCGACCUGUGAUUCCCCUCGUCAGUCCUAUGCUCACUCGCCUUCAUCGGUGCCCGAGUCACUGAUCGAUGAUUCUGCCAUCAACUCACCGGACUCCUGGGUGGAGAAUGAGCUCRUACCUGAGAGGUUUUCAGAGAGUCACAGUGACGUUUCUUUGUGGGACAGUGGGAACACCUGGGACGUUUACCGGGCCACACCUGUGGACGUGACUCCAGUUGAUGAAGGAUUCAUCUCAUCCGUGGAGGACAGAGCACCCGAUGAACAGUCCAUGACCGAGUCAUACGUGGAUGAAGGGAUAAGCUCAAUGGACAGCAACCAGGAGAGAAUCCACAGGGAGGCCGAGCAAACACAAGAGACGGUGAUAAAGGAAAACCAGGAAGACCUAGAGAAUCACAACCAGGAUCUGGUAACAGAUCCAACACCUAAUCUGAGAGAACUCGACAUAACAGAACACAGAGAACCAGAACCCUCUGUAACAUCAUCGGAGACAGAGAAACUAAGGAGCUCUGGGGAUGAAUAUCUUCUCGAAGUGGAUCCUUUGAACCAACUUGAGUCCGAUACAGAAACCAGUCCUGGGCAGGGACCUUUAAAGGAACAGGAACAAGAUGAAACAGAUACAGACAGAAAGAUCGACGGUCAAACUGAUUUCAGAUUUACCUCUGUAGAAGAAGCUGAAGGUUGGGACACAGAAUUUUCAGAAGACAAAAGAGCGGACUCCAGAAAAGAGAUGGAUGGUUUAAAUGAAAGAAUUGGAACACAGACAGAAAAGCAGGAUGAAGAACUUCAGAAGGACUACCAACACUGUGAAGAAAGCACCAGCUUAGAGGCUUUAAAAGACCCACAUCCAACCAACGACGAGGGAACAUCUAAAACUGUUCUGAACGUUCCUCUGAUCUCCAUCACCAGUGAGCCGGAGGAGGAAGAGCUAGAGUCUGACCAAGGGGAACCAGGUAAAGAUCUCAGAGAAGAAGGGAACUCCGAGGUCCAAAGUCCUCAUUGUCCAGAAGGACUAAACCAUGAUCAAAGUGAGGAUGAUGAUCACACAGAAAAUGAGCAUUCGGACAACGAACUAGAAGGCAACCAUGGUAUAUACUCAAUGGGUAACAACGAUAAAAGUGACAUUGAACAGGAGGAAUGUUCUCUUGGGGAUGAUUCUCAGGAAGAAAGGAAAGUUAUUGUCCAAAAUUCUUCUCCAUCCUCAGAAAACCAGCCUGUAAAUCCUGACAGCAAAGAUCUGUCUGAUGGACACCAAGACAAACCAACUGAUGGCUUUCCUGAAACCGAGACAGAAUUUACCCAGGAGAACAUUCUGGAUCCUAUCGGCAUCCAGGAAAACAUUCUGGAUCCUAUUGACAUCCAGGAGGACAUUCUGGAUCCUAUCGACAUCCAGGAGAACAUUCUGGAUCAUUUUGACAUCCAGGAGAAUGUUCUAGAUACUUUUGACAUCCAGGAGAACGUUCUGGAUCUGGACAAUACCCAGGAGAACAUUCUGGGUCCAUUUGACUUCCAGCAAAACAUUUUGGAUCUAGUAGACACCCAGCAAAACAUUUUGGRUUCAGGCUCUUCCGAGCUGAAUGGUCGGAUAGAAACGCCAUAUCCUGAACCCGUUAUUAUGUCCAGAGACACUGACCAGUUUUACUUCGAUUUGAAUCGAAGUUCUCCCACAGAACACCUGCUUGGUGACCUAGUGGAACCUAUGGAUCUGUUCUACCCUGACCCUGUAGAGCUCAUGCCUCCAGAACCUGAUGACACGCAUCAGUGGCCUUCGGUUCUAAGUGUAUCAGCUCUGCAGCCKGCACCGCCUUCAAACAGACCAGAGGAAGGACUGUUUGACMUGCUGGAUGAAGAUUUCAUGGGUGAAGAAGAAGAAGAGGAUGUAAAUGUGACUGAUGAGUCCAGUCAGAACCCCGCCGACCCGUCUCCAUCCCAGGAUCAGUGUGUUCUGUGCGGGGUGGCGAUCGGACCCCAGGACCCCGACGCUCCAGCGGAUGGCGGAGGAAGCUCAGACUUUCUGAGGGCGGACACAGGAAGUCCCAGCAGACCGAACGAGACCGACAUCCCUCCGGUUCUCCGUCACAGGAAGGGUUCUCGCCUCUCCGAGUCCUCGGACAAACAGAGAGCUGCACACAGGUCAGCUGAGAACCAGGAGUCUAACAUGUGGUGCAGGGAGAGCUGCGAGCUGUGUGUGCUGCUGCUGCUGUGGCUGCUGCUGUACUCCUUCCUGCUGCUGAAGCAGCUGGACCUGAAGACGCUGCCGGGCCUGCUGCUCAACCUCCGACGAUGAACACGUACACACACACAAAAAUAAAUAAAUAAAUGAAAACCCACACAGAAACACACACAGACUGACCUGCCGUCCUCCUCCUCCUCCUCACUCUGGCUGAUGCACCCGAGUUUAAAUGAAGGCUUUUUCAUUUUCAUUUCAACGGCUUGUUUUUGUUUUAUUUUGUAAAAAAUACGGAGAUAUUUUGAAGAAGCAACAUUUUUAUGUGAAGAUGAAGUCGACAGAUGUACAUUUACAGACUCAAAGUUUACAGAGUAAAAGAAGUAGAUCUAUCAGACUGAAGCUGAAGAGUUCUGCAAGUCAAACUCUUAAAAUAAAGUUGUAUUUUUACAAGAAUAUAAGACAUGUUUAAGCUUUCCAAAUCUAUUCUUUAUGUCUGAAUCUUUAAUUCUGUCAUUCUGGUUAAAUAAAAAAAAAAAGGUUUUAAUUUUCCAUUGUUUUGUAAGAUUCCAGCUUUAUAUCUGAACGUUGRGAUCUUUUUCUUCACCUGCUUCAGUUUGAGUCUGUUACUGAUAAAAACCGCUGCUGCUGUUCACGUGUUUUAAAUGACGUCACGUGUCGUUUUUAUCCUGUGUUUCUGCUCUAGUUGUCUGUUUCAGUUUGGACACUUAAACCUCAUCCAAAAAGGUAAAAAGGUUUAAGCCGUAGUGAGAAGCAGAGUUCUGAAUGUGCCAAUCUUUGCAAAGAUUAAACCCUAAAAAAAAAACCGCCAAAGAUAAUGUUCAAACACACCGUCACUCAUUUCACCAGCAGACAGACGGACAAACAGAAACUUGUUUGUCGUUCUGCAGAUCAAUAAUAGGGAGUUCUGAUAUUUUGUGGAUUUUUCUUGAUUUUGAUGUGACUGAGCUUUCAUGUCAACACUUUCUUUUUAAAUUUAGAAUCAUUUCUGUAAGAAAUCGCAGACUGGUCAUCUGCUCGUCAUCUUAGCCGCUCCUCCGUCCACCAGGUGGCAACAGAGCGGAGCGGCGCUUCUAACUACAUCACAGUGUGUGCCUGCUGCGUGGUUACUAUUUAUACAACCAGUUCUACACUGAACUAAACUCUGUCUCCAGCCACAACAUUAAGACCACCUAUUGGGCCUUCCCGAUGCAAACCUCCGGGUCCAGAUGUUUACGGUACCUCGACAAGUACCAGCUAAUGCUAACCCCUCCGGCACUUCCAACACGAUGCUCAGGAACAAAGUAAAAAAUACAAGUUAAGAGGCAGAACGUCAAACAGAAGAUGAUUCCUGGGUUUGUGUUUGAUCCGCGUGUUAAAGAGGUGGUUUUAAUGUUCUGGCUGCUUUGUUGCACUGUCACACAUGAAAUUAAUGAGUUUUUUUUUUGUAUUAACAAUAAUAAUUUAAAAAAGAAAAAUCACAAAAAUCAUGUGUUUAAAAUAAUAUUUAACGGUUGUGUGUGUAAACAUAAAGUACUUUUUAAAUCAGCAGAAAAACAGCCAGUGUGAGUGAUUUAUGGUAUAUUUUAUGUAUAUUAUUUACUGACUUGUAAGAAUGUUACUGAUGCAUUAAAGUGCCCCUGAUAUGCUCAU